AUGGUGGUUUUGACAGGUAGUGAAUGUACUGUAAAUGAAACUAUAGUUGAGGCUGUCGACAGCAAGACAUGUGCAGUACAGUGUGCGGAAGACAUCAGCUGUGUGGCGUUGAGCAUGUCAACGUCUGAAGGUGUUUGUAUGGUCCACCGCCAGAUGUUCCUUGAGGGUGUCUGCUAUGCUGGAGACUGGGACCAUUACAAUGUCAAGAACCGCUGCAUGAAUUUGGGCAACUAUGACGAGGACAAACGUACCUGUCAAUGUUACGGCGGAUAUAUCGGGCAGUACUGUGAAAGGAUCAUGCAAGAUUGUUCUGAAGGAUACACCACACAUCAUUAUAACUCGGGAUCAGGAAUAUACAUGAUACAUCCAGUUUUGUCGCCAACCCCAUUCCAAGUCUGGUGCAGAAUGAAUCAUGGUGGCAACACUUUCGUUCAAAGGCGUAAGGAUGGCUCCACCAAUUUCAACCGGUCAUGGCAAGAAUACAAAGAGGGGUUUGGGGACCUUUCCAAGGACUUCUGGCUUGGAAACGAGCAAAUUUCUUACAUUACAAACGGGCGCAGUCACCAAUUCGUCUUCUUAAUCAAAGAUGAGGGUUCUAAUAAAACCAGACAUCGGGUAUAUAGAUAUUUUACGUUAUCCCAAGAUGGCAUGUACACAAUGAGGUACCAAUAUACCUUUGGACAUAACGACCCUCUAGCUCAUGGGGGUGAUUGUUUAGGUGAAUUGAAAGGACAACCCUUCUCAACGUACGACCAGGAUCCUGACGACAGCCCUCUGAACUGCGCUCAGGAGCACCAAUCUGGAUUCUGGUUCAAGAACUGCACUCCUUGCAACCCUAAUGGCGUUUGGUCAGAUACUCAUGCCAUGAAGCGAGCUCGCGUACCCGAGGAAAUGUUCUGGACAGGAGAUAACUUAAUAUUAUCUUUCUUUGCUGUUUUGACAGCCCUGUAA